GGAGAAAAGGAACAGGAUGGACAUCCACAAAAUGCAGUGAUUGCGGAAAUUUUCCAGCGCCAUUGGCUGGGCAGUGUGUCUUUUGGGCGGGCGUGAUUUCAGCACCGGGGGCAUUGGACAGCACCUCGGGGGUACUUCUGGGCAACCUGCAACGGAGACAAGAACUCCACCAGCUGCCUGGACCACUGAAGCCGCCGAAAGCCCUGCUUUGUAUCAGAGAGGCAAGGUCAGUCCGAUGCACAGCCAUCACAGGCAGUGCGCCUGUACUACGCUGCAAACCUGCUUGUUUCUAACAUGCACUUGCUUCUAAUUGCUAGCAUUGUUCCCUUCCUGGUUAGUGAGAACCUCUAAACAUGAUUCUGUACGGGUGCGUUUCCUUUUAAUUUUACAGGUAUAUAUUUAACUUAUUUCGGUUAUUUUUAAAGGGUUGAGGGGGAGUAGUUUGCUUUCUCUCUCUUUCCUCUACUUUCCACCCCCUUUUCUGCUUGCCUUGCACUAUGUGCCUGGAUAGUUUGUGGAUAUAAUUAUUGACUGGCGUCUGGGCUAUUGCAGUACGGGGGGGUUAGGGAGGAAGGAAUCCACCCCCACCCCCCCAAACCCUUCUUUUCUCUUUCUCUGGGAUCGGGCAUUGGAGCACUAAAUGAACUUGAAUUGUGUCUGUGGCGAGCAGGAUGGUUGCUGUUACUUUGUGAUGAGAUCUGGGAUGAAUUGCUCGCUUUAAAAAUGCUGCUUUGGAUUCUGUUGCUGGAGACGUCUCUUUGUUUUGCCGCUGGAAACGUUACAGGGGACGUUUGUAAAGAGAAGAUCUGUUCUUGCAAUGAGAUAGAAGGGGACUUACACGUAGACUGUGAAAAAAAGGGCUUUACAAGUCUGCAGCGCUUCACGGCUCCGACUUCCCAGUUUUAUCAUUUAUUUCUGCAUGGCAAUUCCCUCACUCGACUUUUCCCUAAUGAGUUCGCUAACUUUUAUAAUGCGGUUAGUUUGCAUAUGGAAAACAAUGGCUUGCAUGAAAUCGUUCCGGGGGCAUUUCUGGGGCUGCAGCUGGUGAAACGACUGCAUAUCAACAACAACAAGAUCAAGUCUUUUCGAAAGCAGACUUUUUUGGGGCUGGACGAUCUGGAAUACCUCCAGGCUGAUUUUAAUUUAUUACGGGAUAUAGACCCGGGGGCCUUCCAGGACUUGAACAAGUUGGAAGUCCUCAUUUUAAACGACAAUCUCAUCAGCACCCUACCUGCUAAUGUAUUCCAGUAUGUGCCCAUCACCCACCUCGACCUCCGCGGAAACAGGCUGAAAACACUGCCCUAUGAGGAGGUCUUGGAGCAGAUUCCUGGCAUUGCUGAGAUCCUGUUAGAGGAUAACCCUUGGGACUGCACCUGUGAUCUGCUCUCCCUGAAGGAAUGGCUGGAGAACAUUCCCAAAAACGCCCUAAUUGGCCGAGUGGUCUGCGAAGCCCCCACCAGGCUCCAGGGUAAAGACCUCAAUGAAACCACGGAACAGGACCUGUGUCCUUUAAAAAACAGAGUGGAUUCUAGUCUCCCGGCUCCCCCUGCCCAGGAAGAGACCUUCGCUCCUGGCCCCCUGCCAACUCCUUUCAAGAUAAAUGGGCAGGACGAACAUGCUACCCCAGGGGCUGUUCCAAAUGGAGGUACAAAGAUCCCGGGCAACUGGCAACUCAAAAUCAAACCCACACCACCGAUAGCAACUGGGAGCGCCAGAAACAAACCCCCAGUGCAUGGCUUGCCCUGCCCCGGGGGCUGCAGCUGUGACCACAUCCCAGGCUCGGGCUUAAAGAUGAACUGUAACAACCGGAACGUGAGCAGCUUGGCUGAUUUGAAGCCUAAGCUUUCCAACGUGCAAGAGCUCUUCCUUCGAGAUAACAAGAUCCACAGCAUCCGAAGAUCACACUUUGUGGAUUACAAGAACCUCAUUCUGUUGGAUCUGGGCAACAACAACAUCGCGAACAUAGAGAACAACACUUUCAAGAACCUUUUGGACCUCAGAUGGCUGUACAUGGAUAGUAACUACCUGGACACUCUGUCCCGGGAGAAAUUUGCUGGGCUGCAGAACCUGGAGUAUCUGAACGUGGAGUACAACGCGAUUCAGCUCAUUCUACCCGGUACUUUCAAUGCCAUGCCCAAACUGAGGAUUCUUAUUCUCAACAACAACUUGCUGAGGUCCCUACCCGUGGACGUUUUUGCUGGGGUCUCCCUGUCUAAGCUCAGUCUGCACAAUAAUUACUUCAUGUACCUCCCAGUGGCAGGGGUGCUGGACCAGUUAACCUCCAUCAUCCAGAUAGACCUGCAUGGCAACCCCUGGGAGUGCUCCUGCACCAUUGUGCCUUUCAAGCAAUGGGCAGAGCGUCUGGGCUCCGAGGUGCUGAUGAGCGACCUCAAGUGUGAGACACCGGUGAACUUCUUUAGGAAGGAUUUCAUGCUGCUCUCCAAUGACGAGAUCUGCCCCCAGCUGUAUGCGAAGAUCUCGCCCACGUUAACUUCGCACAGUAAAAACAGCACUGGGUUGGCGGAGACCGGGACACACUCCAACUCCUACCUAGACACCAGCAGGGUGUCCAUCUCCGUGUUGGUCCCAGGACUGCUGCUGGUGUUCGUCACCUCCGCCUUCACCGUGGUGGGCAUGCUCGUGUUUAUCCUGAGGAACCGAAAGCGGUCCAAGAGAAGGGAUGCCAAUUCCUCUGCGUCCGAAAUUAAUUCCCUACAGACAGUCUGUGACUCUUCUUACUGGCACAAUGGGCCUUACAAUGCAGAUGGGGCCCAUAGGGUGUAUGACUGCGGCUCUCACUCACUCUCAGACUAAGCCCCCGACCCUAAAGGGGGAGGAGUGCAGGAAGAUGAUCCAUCCUCCCCUGUCGCCAGCAUCGCGGUGGGGGAGUGGAACAUUGACCCAGAUCUAGCGUGUCACAAGCCCCGAUGGACAUGAGUAAAUAAAUAACUAUGAACUCACUCAAGGAAGAGGCUCUGGCCCUUAAGCUCCCAACAGAAAACAAAGAGCAGACUGUGGCGCUGCGAGUGCAGCGAGCUAGCUCUUUGCUCUGAGCUCCUUUUGACUCAAAGCCCAGCAUGGGGCCUGCCAGAAGAAUUGAGCACCCUUGCUCUGGGCCAAAGGUCCCCUGGGGCUGUCUGCAGUGGAGCUAUACAUAUAUACAUAUAUCACAUCUAUAUAGAGAAAUAGAUAUCUAUUUUUCCCCUGUGGAUAGCCCGAAGAUGGCUCCCUGUUGGUUAUUCAGGGAUGGGCAGUUGCACGAAGGCAUGAAUGUAUUGUAAAUAAAUAACUUUGACUCCUGACAAGAACAAAAACAAAAAAACAAAAAACAAAAAGUGCUGCAUGGCUCGCAUGGAAUCCACACGCUCCAGGGACUACGCCCCCCCUCCCCCAACCCCACUGCCCACUGCAACUGGAGACAGCGUCACAGCACCCAUCCUCUUACCUGAUAAGUCCCAUCGUAUCAAACUUUCUAUAAACAAAAUACAGUAUAAUCAGAAAGUGCCAUUUCGCCCUUAUUUGUGAUUGGUAGGCAGUUCAGAGCGUAUGUUUACUGUGAAAAAAAAUGUAAAGGUUUAUUUAAGACACUUGCAUGGCUAGUCAUCAGUCCAUUUUAUGAGUUAACGAUGUAUUUUGUUGAGCAAAGUUUUUAAAGGUUGUUUUGGGUUUUUUUUCUUUUGAUGAUGAUGUUUGAUUUUAUUUUAGUUUCUGAGGGGGAAUAUUUUUCUAUACAUAUCCAAUAAUGCCUUCCAUCUGAAUGUAAAAUAAGUACCCAUGAUUUCUAUUAUAGUACCAGUGUAAUUAUUUAAGAAAAAAGAUUCUGGGGCAGUUAAGCAUGACCAAUUAAUGUCACUCUAGUGCUUAGGCUGCGAUCCUAUGGUAGCAAUUGUGUGCUGGUAAAAAUCUUACUUAUAAAGUAGGAACAAAGAACCGAGGAAGCACGUGAAACUUACUAAUUCUAUUCGAGGAUUUUAUAAUGGCAUAUUUUUUCAGUAUUAAAGUGAAAAUGUUUUCAAAUCUGGGUCCUUACAUUUUUCCA